AUGAAGCUCACCAACAUUGCCCUGGCAGGUGCCACUCUCAGCCUUUCUACGGCGAACCCAAUCGCUAGACGUGCAAUCAGCGAUGCUGACAUCCUCAACUAUGCUUUGACCCUCGAGCAUCUUGAGGCCACUUUCUACGCGCAGGGUCUCACAAACUACACCCAGGCAGACUUUGUGAACGCUGGCUUUGCCGAUCCUUUCUACGCCAACCUCAUGGAAGUUGCUUCUGACGAGAAGACCCACGUCAGCUUCCUGACUUCAGCUCUGUCUGCCGCUGGUGCAUCCCCCGUCGCAGCUUGCAACUACACCUUCCCAUCGACAGAUGUGAAGAGUUUCCUGGCCCUUGCCAGCGUCCUGGAAGGCGUGGGAGUCAGCGCUUACCUCGGUGCCGCCGCCAGCAUCAUGGACAAGACAUACCUCACCGCAGCAGGUAGCAUCCUGACCGUCGAAGCCCGACACAGCGCGUACCUGCGUGCCGCACAGGGCGAAAGCCCCUUCCCCCAGCCCUUCGAUGCCCCUCUCGACUUCGACGAAGUCUACACACUUGCUGCCCCAUUCAUCACCUCCUGCCCAUCCAGCAACGGCCAGCUUCCAGUGAAGGCAUUCCCCACUCUUACAAUGACCUCAACCGCAUCCCUUAUGUCGGGAUCGAUCGUCUCGCUUAUGGCCGGAACUGGAUUCAAUACUACCGGCACGCUGUACGCUGCCUUCGUUACUGUCACCGGUCCUCUCUUUACCAAGGUGACAUACACUGGUAAUAGCAUGUUCAAUGUUACAAUCCCCACGGGCGUUGCUGGACAGAGCUACGUUGUCAUUACCCAGAGUAACUCCACAGUUACUGACGACAACAUUGUUGCGGGACCUGCUAUUGUUGAGGUAAUUUGA